CGUGUUACUUGCGAAGAAUUACAUAUUUGCCCUUCACAAAGAUGGCGGUUGGCCUAGGCGGGUAAGACGUUGGUAGGAUGCGCGGGCGGCGCUGACUGUUUACGUAUCUGACCAGUGUGCUGGGAGCAGCAUUUGUGAGUGGCAGGGGCAAGAUGACAGACCCAGAUGUGGCUACAGAAGUCCCAGCAGUGCUGAAGCGUCUGGCCAAGUAUGUGGUGCGAGGGUUCUACGGGCUGGAGCACGCACUGGCGCUGGAUAUUCUCAUCAGGAACCCCUGCGUAAAGGAAGAAGACAUGAUGGAGCUCCUCAAAUUUGACCGCAAGCAGCUGCGAGCCGUUCUCAACACUCUCAAGGGGGACAAGUUUAUCAAGUGCCGCAUGCGCGUAGAGACCGCCACUGACGGCAAGACCACCAGGCACAACUACUACUUUAUCAACUACAAACUGCUGGUCAAUGUGGUGAAGUACAAGCUGGACCACAUGAGGCGCAGGAUCGAGACGGAUGAGAGGGACUCGACGAACAGAGCAUCCUUCAAGUGCCCCAACUGCUGCAGCACCUUCACCGACCUCGAGGCUAAUCAGCUCUUCGACCCCAUGACAGGGAUGUUCCGCUGCACUUUCUGCCAGACGGAAGUUGAAGAAGAUGAGUCUGCGAUGCCCAAAAAGGAUGCCAGGACAUUAGUCGCCCGCUUCAAUGAGCAAAUCGAGCCCAUUUAUGCUCUGCUUAGAGAGACCGAGGACAUCAACCUGGCCUAUGAAAUCCUGGAGCCGGAGCCUACGGACAUACCUGCCCUCAGGCAAAGCAAAGAGAGGGCGGCAGCAGCAGCAGCCGGAGCCUCCGGUUCCCAGAAAGAGGUUUGGUCCAGCAAGGGCCCCUCUUACGAGGACCUGUACACACAAGAUGUGGUUAUCAGCAUGGAGGAACAGGAGGACCUGCAGCGGGCAGCAGCCGAGGGCAAGACUGUGAAAGAGAGACCCAUCUGGCUUCGAGAGAGCACCGUGCAGGGGGCCUUCAGCGACAGUGCAGAACUGAAGGAUGAUACUGAUCCAUUCCAAGAGCGUGAGGAGAGCCGACCAAUGGCGGAUGAAAACGAGGAAGUGAUGCAGGCGCUGCUCAUUCAUGAAAAGAAAAGUGCGGUGCCAGUUGGGGCUUCCUCUGCCCCUGCACCCAACACCGCGGCCGGCAGUGAUUCCGACAGCGACACCAGUGAAUCCGACCCAGACAGCCCGGCGCCCCGGCAGCCCAUCAGCAGCUUUUCUCACACCUACGAAGAGGACGAUGAAGAUGACGAGUUUGAGGAUGUAGCGAGUCACCCGACGGUCACUGUUGCUGGGCGCUCGUACCUGUACAGCCAGGUGAGUCAGCGCCCGGAGCUGGUGGCACAGAUGACUCCUCAGGAGAAGGAAGUCUAUAUAGCGAUGGGGCAGAAGAUGUUUGAAGACCUGUACGACUGACACUUGCCCCGUCCCCCCUCAGGGGGUCCUUUGUGCGACCCGACAGCACCACAUGCCCAUUGGGAGCCGCUAUAUCUAGAGAUGACCUUCAGCACCUUCCCACCGUUCAUUUUAUUUGCAUCCCCGUUAUUUGUUGUAGAAUCGGGUUGUUGGCCAUUGCGCCUGCCCAAUCACUGCUGAGCGCAUUAUUGAGGAAGGAAAGAUCUUUUUUAUUUAAAAGAAAACAAUUCAAAUAUUAGAGCUUCUCAUGUUUUACUAGUGGGCUUAAGUCUAAAGGGAGAACAAUUGCCCUGCUGAAUGGGCCUGGAGGGGGCACCACAACUCCAAUAGGAAAUAUCCUUUGUGUAAGGGACGAGUAUUAAGUCUAUUUAGUCUUCUGCCAAAACGCUCGUCUAUAAAUGACAUUUUAUUUCUCUUUGUGUCGCUUUCCACCCAUCACCAUGUCACAUUGUAUUUCCCAAGCACCCCCUCUUGUUUAACCCACUAGUAACCUGCUAGUAACCCCCUAGUAAUCCCCCCUGUAAGACCCACUGGAUUCAGCCCUUCACUGUGAUGCUAAUGGGAAAUUGCAAGUCGCUCACAUAUAGACGGGCACAUUAUGGCAUUGCCCAUUAAAUCAUUGGUUGUUCCAGGGGCCGGGCAAAGCUUUAUGGUCCUUCCCACUAAACCUUGUGACUUCUGUGGCUGAGACGGGAAAGAAUGAUAAGGAAAUGUAUUUCCAUGAGCCAAACUUGACCCCCCCAAUAUAAUAUGGGAAACCCUGUAGGUCUGUGAAUUAGUGCCCCUCCCCCCCUUUUUCCUGUAACAGAAGAGCCCACUGAAAGGUUUAACAGGCAUUUGUCUUGCCCUCGGCUGUGCGGAUUUAAAGGGCCACACCUUUCUACGAGCAGCUCUUCUCAACUUCGCUUUUUAUACUUGUUUUCUGUUUUACCAGCAAAAACUGUUUUAGAGAGAAUGUCGGAGCUGGGGGCGUCCUUACCCUGUUUUUAUCUUCAGUUUUGUGAAUUCUCUUAAUAAAGUCGGUUUUCAUGUUUUAUAAA